AUUCGGCACCGGAAGUGACUAUCAAUAUUAAGUCACUAAUUGUUUGUCAUUCAUAGUCAUUGACUGUUGGACUAACUUAUCAAUAGAUAUUUGAAACUAUUGAGUAAAUGUGUUACAACUGUCCGAUCAACAGGUGAUGAUGUCAACUGUUAUAAGUCUUGUGCGGCGUUUCAAUAGCACAUCCUAUGAGAAUGUGUGUAACCGGUGCUCACAUGUCGUCUAUUCGGCCGAAAAGAUUGGUCCACUCAAGGACUUCACUUUCUAUCACCACAACUGUUUCAAAUGUCACGUUUGUGGCACCAAAUUGACACUUAAAACAUAUUAUAAUAACCAACAGAACCAGGACGACAAACAGGUCUAUUGUCAAAGUCAUGUGCCUAAGACAGGUCCGGGAAAGUUAGACGGAUCAUCGGUCGGCAUCAAACAGGCCCUGAAUGUGCCCAAAACCAAUCAUCUGGUCAACGAACAGAUCAGAGGCUCCGGUAAGGCCACGUUGAACGCCGAAUCAAUCGGCAUCAAGACUGCUCUCAACAAUAGCAAACUGGCCAACGAUAGCCAUCAUCGGGAAAACAUGGCCGGACAUUUCGAUUCAUCAGCACUUCAUAUACAACAUGGACUCAAUCAGACCCGACUACAGAAGGUCUACAAACAUACGGGUGUCGAAAGUCGUAUCAACGAAUUUCUCGACACAGAGACUCAGCGCACGCUUGAGAUGAGACACCGACAAGAAGAGGAUGACCUCUACAGAAAUUUUUCAAAGAAAAGGGCCGAAGAAGAAAAGCAUAUCAAUACUGAAAUUCAGGAGGAAUGGGAGAAAGAGUUAGAGCGGAUAACAUCUCGUUUUCAACACGAGUUGAACACCAAAAAGAAAAGGAUAAGUAAUGACGAGGAAAAAGCACUAACAGUUCGGCACCAAAAGGAAAGGGAGGAUUUGGAGAAGAAUAUGACCGUUAAGUUGGACCGCAAAAAGGAGUCACUGACCAGAAAACUGUUGGAACAGGAAAGACAGGCCACCGCCGAACUGGUCGACAAACAGAGCAAAGAAAUGAUUAAUUUGAUUAGCGAAAAGUUCACUGAGUUCUCGCAGACAAAUGAAAGAAGUUAUAUGAAUAGCGACGAGUCGUCAAUAAUGCCAUACCCGAGCCAACCGCCACCUCCCAGUCCACCCGUCAUAUCAAAAAUGGACAUUUAUUCUGAUCCCAACGUUUUUGCAGAGCUGGAUCAGAUUGCUAUUAAUGUGGCCAAAGAAGAUCAGCACACGUUCACCGAAUUGGUUCGUCUAUUGAUUGGCAGUUGUAUUACUGAUGUAGAGAAGGCCAGAGCUAUAUUCAGAUGGAUUACUGUUAAAAAUUUGAAUACAAUUAAGUUUGACGACAAUAUCAUUGCCGACACACCAAUGGGUAUACUCCGCGGCAUAAAACACGGCACCGAAAGCUAUCACGUGCUCUUUAAGAGGCUCUGUAGUUACGCUGGUUUGCAUUGUGUAGUUAUUAAGGGAUAUUCAAAAAGUGCUGGAUAUCAGCCGGGAGUACGGUUUGAGGACAACCGUUUCAGAAACUCAUGGAAUGCCGUGUAUGUUGCGGGCGCCUGGCGUUUCGUGCAAUGCAAUUGGGGGGCCAGACAUCUGGUUAAUGCCAAAGAGGUGCCUAAACCGGGAAGCAAAGGCAAAUCCGAUAGUUUGCGCUAUGAAUACGAUGACCAUUACUUCUUAACGGAUCCCAAAGAGUUCAUCUAUGAGUUCUUUCCACUUCAACCCGAGUGGCAGCUCCUCAAGACUCCCAUAUCGAUCAGUGAGUUUGAAGAGUUACCGUUUGUUAGAUCAUUAUUUUUUCGAUAUGGACUCUACUUUACCGAUGAUGACUUGAGAGCAGUUUUAUACACUAACGAUUCGGGUGCGGCAACUGUGCGGAUAGGAAUGCCUACAAAUAUGACACCCAGUCUUAUAUUUCAUUACAAUCUCAAGUUUUACGAUCGCGAUAGCGAUACAUUUGAUAGCAUUGGACUCAAAAGAUUUGUUAUGCAGUCAGUAAUGGGUAAUAUGGUGUCCUUCCGAGUGCACGCACCCUGUAGUGGAUCUUUUAUUAUGGAUAUCUUUGCCAACGCCACAACACCUCGAGAGUACGUCACAGGAGAGCCCAUGAAGUUUAAGAGUGUUUGCAAAUUCAAGAUUGAUUGCGACGACUUGCAAACAGUUAUGGUCCCAUUACCUGACUGUGCCAGUGGUGAAUGGGGUCCAUUGAAGAGUACCCGUCUAUUUGGACUGAUCCCGUUGUCCCACGAAGAAGCCCUUAUAUUUGCCGACCGAACACUUGAAAUACAGUUUCGUAUGUCUCGACCAUUAACUGAUUUUAUGGCUUCAUUGCAUAAGAAUGGUAUCGACGAGAAAAAGCUGUCAAAGUUUGUGUCCAUUGAUAUUGAAGACGACAUCGUUUCCAUAUUCAUUAAGUUUCCUGAAGAGGGUCAGUACGGACUAGACGUCUAUACUCGCGAAGUCAACACUGAAUUAUAUUCCGGUGACAAACAAUUGUUAACACAUUGCUGUAAAUAUCUCAUAAAUGUGGGCACAAAAAGGAUUCAUCCCAUCUGAA